AAACGGCAAGACGUUCUUCCAAUAACGGCGUGCACUGUGAAACCUUUAAAGAUCAAAAUUUUCUUUCAAGGUUCUUCUCAGUAUAACUCACUUUACAGUUCUACUCAGAGAUCCAAUUUCUUGCCCAUUCUCGUCUCGAAUUUGAUUUUCAAAGGUUUGAUUUUUGAGAUCUUUAGCUUAGUUUCGACGAGUCAUUUGCGAAGAUCUAGACUAUUGAAAACCUUAGGAUGUGUCUUUAGCAAAGGAAAACAAUGGUCAAAGCGUCGACGAUGCAAAGGAAGAGAUGGGCACUGAUGGUUUUGUUGUUUCUAUCUGUAUCAACAGUGUGUAUGAUUCUCGUGAGAUCUAGCUUUGAAACCUGUAGCAUUAGUAGCCAAUUCGUGGAAGAAAAGAAUGGAGAAAGCAGCGCCGCGAAGUUUCAAUCGAAUCCUCUAGAUUUCAUGAAAUCGAAGCUCGUUUUGUUAGUAUCCCACGAGCUAUCACUCUCAGGUUCUGCUGAUUUGAUUUCUAAUUUGAUCUGGGUUCUCGAAAAAAUCAUACUUUUUUGAGGUGAUGAUUGAUUUUGUGUGACAAAAGGUGGACCUUUGCUAUUGAUGGAAUUGGCGUUUUUGUUAAGAGGAGUUGGUGCUGACGUUGUUUGGAUCACUAAUCAAAAGCCACUUGAAGAUGAUGAAGUUGUCUAUAGUCUUGAACACAAGAUGUUGGAUCGAGGAGUUCAGGUUAUCUCUGCAAAGGGUCAGAAAGCUGUAGAUACAUCUCUCAAGGCUGAUUUGAUUGUUCUUAAUACUGCUGUGGCUGGGAAAUGGCUUGAUGCUGUUCUAAAAGAAAAUGUUGUUAAAGUUCUACCUAAGAUCCUAUGGUGGAUUCAUGAGAUGAGAGGACACUAUUUCAAUGCUGAUUUGGUCAAACACCUCCCCUUUGUUGCAGGGGCCAUGAUUGAUUCGCAUGCAACAGCUGGAUACUGGAAAAACAGAACACAAGCUCGCCUAGGGAUUAAAAUGCCCAAAACUUACGUUGUGCACCUAGGAAAUAGCAAGGAAUUGAUGGAAGUAGCUGAAGAUAGUGUUGCCAAGAGAGUUCUCCGUGAGCACGUCCGAGAAUCUCUUGGAGUGCGGAAUGAAGACUUACUCUUUGGCAUUAUUAAUAGUGUAUCGCGUGGAAAAGGCCAGGAUCUGUUCCUCCGAGCCUUCCACGAAAGUCUUGAAAGAAUCAAAGAGAAGAAACUUCAGGUACCAACAAUGCAUGCAGUAGUAGUAGGAAGCGACAUGAGCAAGCAGACAAAGUUCGAGACAGAGCUACGCAACUUUGUCCGAGAAAAGAAACUUGAGAACUUUGUCCACUUCGUCAACAAAACUCUAACCGUAGCACCAUAUAUAGCAGCCAUAGACGUUCUUGUCCAAAACUCCCAAGCCAGAGGAGAAUGCUUUGGGAGAAUAACAAUCGAAGCCAUGGCCUUUAAGCUACCUGUACUUGGUACUGCAGCCGGAGGAACAAUGGAGAUUGUAGUGAAUGGAACGACUGGUCUGUUACAUAGUGCAGGGAAAGAAGGAGUGAUACCUCUCGCCAAGAACAUAGUGAAGUUGGCGACGCAAGUUGAGUUACGGCUGAGAAUGGGAAAAAAUGGGUAUGAGAGAGUAAAAGAGAUGUUUUUGGAACAUCAUAUGUCACAUCGAAUAGCUUCGGUACUCAAAGAAGUCUUGCAACACGCAAAGGCUCGUGCUUUACGAUGAGAUCACUAGAAUGUUGUAAAAUGUUUCUUGAUCUCUCUUACUUAUUCUGUUCAUAGAAAAUUACAAAUACUACCCAAAGGAAAGGUGUUUUUUUUUUUUUUGUGUAUGAUGUUUUAAAUUUCGAAAUACGAGUUGAGAUGAGUUUUACUGCUAAAAUCUGAAAGUAAAGUGCCGUAUUCUUGUGUCAUAUAAUGUGUGAAUCUCCAGGAAUUAAACUGAUAAAACCAAAAC